AUGGCCGGCUUGUUGAAUCGACAUUUUGCUAAAAUCAGCAAGCCCGAAAAGAAGUCUGCCAUGUCCAAAGCCCUCAACAAAGAGCGUAAAAGACUCGAGAGGGAGCCAGAUGAGCCAGAAAGCCAAGCAACGUGCAACGCGCCCUUCUGUCGUGCUGAGCUGGACAGAGCGAUAGCUAAGUGCAAAAACCGAAAAGCUCCGGGGCCAGACAAGGUUACCCCUGAGAUGGUAAUACACCUUGGGGGCAUUGCAAGAGAUAAACUCUUGGAUUUUAUGAAUCGAACCUGGGCAGAGUCCAGACUGCCCAGGGCCUGGAAGAGUGCUGUCAUUGUGCCAGUCCUUAAGAAGGGAAAAGACGUGACUAACGUGGAGUCCUACAGACCCAUUUCACUGACCUCAACCCUCGGCAAAGUUGCUGAGCGUAUGAUGGCCAUAGACACACUCAAGACUACUUAUAUUAAGGUAAAGAAUGACAUUUUUGCUAGACAUUUGGUUGCUACAUGUAAACAGCAGCCGGGCCAAACGGUAGAGUCCUUUAUGCUAAAGUUGCGAAGCCUGGCCCGGGACUGUGACUUUAAAGAAGUAACUGCUGAACAGCACAGAGACAUUUGCAUUAGAGACGCAUUCAUAACUGGUCUGGCAUCCAACACUAUUAGACAGCGGUUACUGGAAAAGACAUCUCUUACUCUACAAAGCGCUUUUGACGAAGCUAGAGUGUUAGAAACAGCCACAACGCAUGCUCAGGCUUACAAUUCAACGAACGAAAUCUCCUGUGGGGCAAUGAAAACACCAACUAGCUCCCAUCUAGAAACAUACAUUUCUAACGAAGACCAGGAAUUAAAUGCCAUUAAGUCGCUAUGCUACUUUUGUGGUAGGAGGAGACACUCUAGGACUGAAUGCCCUGCUCGAAAUGCAUUAUGUCAUCAGUGCGGUAAAAAGGGACACUUCCAAACUGUUUGUAAAUCAAGUAAAACAACAGCCAACAAAGCUGACAGCAAAAUAUCACUGACCAGUGUGAUAACUCCAUGUACCUUGUCAUCAACGCAUUUCUCUGGGCUUUCACAGUCUACGGCCCAAGUGAACGUCAACGGGUUGCUGUUGCAAGCUCUCAUAGACACUGGCAGCUGUGAAAGUUACAUAUCAGAAGCCAUCGUCAAGAGAAAUAAAUGGCCAGUACGUCCGUCUACAAACAGAAUAUUCAUGGCCACUACACAUCUUUCUGAAAAGACAUUGGGACAUACAUUAGCCGAUGUCCAGUACAAGGGAGAACACUACAAAAAGGUCAAACUUUCUCUACUUGCUGGAUUGUGCUCGGAUGUAAUCCUUGGUGUAGACUUUAUAAGUCUUCAUAAGAAAUUGACCAUACCGUACGGAGGAAAACGCAAUCCUCUACACAUCUGUGGUCUUAAAGCAGCACGAGUCGAAACACCGAGCCUAUUCAGUAAUCUAACUUCUGACUGCAGACCGGUGGCUACUAAGUCCCGAAAGCACUCAAUAGGUGAUAACAAAUUUAUUGAGUCCGAAGUUAGAAAACUCCUCUCGGACAAAAUCAUUGAACCUUCAAAGUCUCCCUGGAGAGCACAGGUGCUUGUGACAACAAACGAGAGACAUAAAAGAAGGAUGGUCAUUGAUUACAGUCAAACAAUAAAUCGCUUCACCUUACUGGAUGCAUACCCAAUGCCUCGAGUCGAUGAACUGGUAGAACGGAUAUCCAACUAUUCCGUUUUUAGUACUCUAGACCUCAAAAGUGCCUACCAUCAAAUACCAAUCAAGACCGAGGAAAGGCCGUUUACUGCAUUUGAGGCAUGUGGCAAACUCUACCAGUUCUGUCGCAUCCCUUUCGGUGUUACCAACGGAGUUGCAUGCUUUCAGAGAACAAUAAAUCAAAUUAUUGAGAAUGAAAAGUUGCAGGACACCUUUGCAUACGUGGACAAUGUAACGGUAUGUGGUCAUGAUCAAGAGUCGCACGAUGAGAAUAUGCAAAGAUUUCUAGAUGCUUCUAGAAAGUAUGGGAUCACAUUUAAUGAAGACAAAAGUACGAUAGCCACUGACAAAGUUUGCCUAUUGGGAUACGAAAUUUCUAAAGGCCUUCUCAAGCCAGACCCUGAAAGAUUCCAGGCUUUAAGAAACCUUUCUCCCCCUCAUGAUAUGCGCUCACAAAAACGGAUCGUGGGCAUGUUGGCGUACUACUCACAGUGGAUCCCAAAUUUUUCUAACAAAAUAAAUGUUUUGGCAAAUAACACGUCGUUCCCUCUUUCAGAAACAGUAAAGACAGCCCUUAACGAAUUAAAACAGGAGCUGGAGAAAGCUGCCAUCUUCACCAUCGACUAUACUCGACCUCUGACGGUUGAAACAGACGCUUCGGAUGUUGCAAUAGCUGCCACCCCCAACCAGGAUGGCCGCCCCGUGGCGUUCUUUUCAAGAACACUCUCUAAAAGUGAAAGGCGGCACUCAGCUAUAGAAAAAGAAGCUUAUGCCAUUGUAGAAUCUUUAAGGAAAUGGCACCACUACUUAGUAGGAAAUCGCUUUACCCUUGUCACGGAUCAACGCUCUGUGGCCUUCAUGUAUGACAAACAGAGCAAAGGGAAAAUAAAGAAUGAGAAAAUUCAAAGGUGGAGACUGGAACUGAGCUGUUUCCACUACGAUGUCUUGUAUAGACCAGGCAAACACAAUGUAGCGGCUGAUACGUUUUCUAGAAACGGGUGUGUGUCAGCUAUGAGUCGAAAUGAAUUGAAACUGCUCCAUGACUCUCUGUGUCAUCCGGGAGUAACAAGACUAUGGCAUUUAGUGCGAGCGAAAAACUUACCUUUCUCUUGUGAAGAUGUUAGGCUGGUUGUCAACCAGUGCAGAAUCUGUGCCGAAGUGAAACCAAGAUAUUUCAGUAAUUCUAAUGGAACUUUAAUUAAGGCGAUGCAGCCUUUCCAGAGACUAAGUAUGGACUUCAAAGGACCGCUCCCUUCUACAUCUCGGAACACAUACCUUCUAACCAUAGUUGACGAAUUUUCAAGAUUCCCGUUUGCCUACGCCUGUUCUGAUAUGUCAGCUUCAACAGUAAUCAGAUGUCUAGAGAAUUUAUUUGGACUAUUCGGAAUGCCUGACUAUGUACACUCUGAUAGAGGUAUCUCAUUCAUGUCAAGAGAGAUGCAGGAAUUUUUACACGAGAGAGGGGUGGCCACAAGCAGGACGACCCCUUAUAAUCCCAGAGUGAACUCUCAAGUAGAAAGGCUAAACGGGUCAUUAUGGAAAGCUAUAACUCUGGCCUUAAAAACUCAAGGACUCCCGGUUUCCAAAUGGGAGCAGGCGUUAAACCAAGCCCUGCACUCUCUUCGUUCUCUGCUGUGUACCGCUACAAACGAGACAUCUCACGAGAGAAUAUUCAAGUUCUAUCGCAGGUCCACCUUCGGCAAAUCACUCCCGACAUGGUUAGCUCAACCAGGAAAAGUGUUGUUAAAAAAGGGAGUCCGUGCAUCAAAAUAUGACGAUGGUACAAUAGCUGUGGACUUAAUUACAUGCAACCCACAGUAUGCCAUUGUAAGACUUCCUGAUGGAAGAGAAGAAACAGUGUCAUUGCGACAUUUGGCCCCAGCUCCAAGAGAGGGACAAUCAGUGGUGUAUCAAAAUAUGGAAAAUGAAGACUUUGAGCAGGAGACAAACCCUAUAACACAGAUGCAGGUGCCUACUGACCAUGUGACUAUAGAACCAAUGGCUGCUCCUAACACACAUGUACAACAAGGGGAAAAUGGACAUCAAGAAGAAGUAAAUACAGGGACUGAGUCUUCAGUUAGAGAGCCGCCGAUGUCACCAACUCCAAGCGACGGUAGUAUUGGUCCUGAUAGUACAAUACAAGAUGAUGAAUUUAGGAAAAUUGGUAUCAUGGCGUUGGAAAUUCAUCCUAAAGAUGAGUCAUGGCAAAACUUCAGAAGUUAUAUUGACCCAAAGAAAACAGCUUCUGACAAAAAAUGGUGUAACAUCUCUCCAGUAUGA